AUGCUUCCGGACACUGUUAGGUCGGCCAGGAGAAGAACUUUCAGUUCUAGACACUAUAAUCUAGCUGGGGAAUACGCGCAAUCUCUCAGGAAGAGACAAUCCGCUGGUCGAGGAGGUCGUGGUCGUGGUCGUAGCCGCAGCGUUGACAGCAAUCGCAGACAGGGCAACAAUGACAAUAAUAGCGGCCGGAACCGCGACAACGAUGACCGCGAUGGAAGAAACAACCGCGGGGACGGUGAUAAAGACUCGAAUAGUGGAAACAACAACAGUAAUGGGAAUAGGAAUGGGAGAAAUAACGAAGGCGAUAAUGACGGCGCUAGGAGAAAUAACACGAACAGGGUCUCAAGCAGUGGCAGCGACGAUGGCGAUAAUGACAGCAAUCGGCAUAAGCAUUCUGAUGAAGAUGGCAUCGGUAAUGGCAGCAACAACGGUGGUGGAGAGGGCGAUGGUGGAGGUCAAAAUGGCGGAAGCGGAGGCAGCAGUCAGAAUUCUCCUCUCCCUGCACCACCUUCCAUUACUACCACAUCCACAGAAUCACCUUCUCCAACCACCCCAGCCGCGUCUGAGCCCGCGACCACUGUCACCCCAAGUCCAAACCCACCCCCUGAAACUGCAGGUCCACCCGUUGUAGUGAUCGCCCCAAGCGGCAGCUCACCCGCGAUUUCAGUGCUCAGUCCCCUAAACACGUUGACUUCAGACCCCUCCUCUCAGGCCUCCAGCUCCAGCCUGCCUGGAGACAUCAAUCCAGCAAGCACCUCCCUAGCUGCCACAGGUGCAACGUCCCAAGACCUCGACAUCGGCGCUAUAGUCGGCGCCAUCCUAGGCUCUACGACUCUCAUUCUGAUCAUCCUCCUCGGCUUCUACCUGCAGCGUCGGCGGAAGCGCAACCACGUCGCCCCAUCAGCCGAAUUCAUUGGUCAGUGUCCGUUCACCAGUCGCCCGCAAUUCCGCCGGAUUGCCUCGGUGCAUGAGCCUCAAAACCCGUUCCUAAAUGCACAAGAAAAAGCCUCAGGCGCGUCCGCAUAUUAG